CGCGUGGCGAGGGUCAUCUGAGAGGAGAGGAGGCGACUUCAGUCCUCCACACAUCCGUCCAGCUGCCAACAUGCUGCUGCUGCUGCUGCUGCUGCUCUCCUCCACGCCUGCGGUGGACGCCCAGCGGCUGUCGGGUCGGAGGAAGGACGGCGCGUGUGUGUGCCAGGUGAACCCGGACGUGUGGCGCUUCCCCGCCGCCGGCUACGCCGCCGCGCUGAGCCAGGUCCAGUCCUGUGAGGCCUCCCUGAGCCGCCUGCAGGACCAGGUGGCGCUGUCCAGCAGGCGGCUCCCUGCGGUCGAGGCUCUGAUCAAGAACGUGACGAAGCGGCUGGAGCCUCACCGGUACCUCCACGACCGGGGCCUGUACACCGGCUUGCCUCUGCGCCUGCUGGGCCAGGAGCUCAGCCGGCUGGAGGCGGACAUCGGCGCCAUCCACAGCCAGAUCAACAACCGCCUGACCACCAAGCUCUCCAACGAGAUGGGUAAACUGCGUACAUCUGUAGACAGGAUGAAGAUGUGGGACACGAUCAACAUGAAGACCGUCAAAGAGAAGCUUCGCUCCGUGAAGAACGACGCCGAGUCCUGCAAGACCAUCCCCAGAGACUUCAGAGGCCGGGACCGGCACUGCCUCAAGGGCCUGAUCUCCAACAUCAGCGCUCCGGUCCUGACAAAGGUCAGUCCCUACGGGAAGACCUUCACCUCCGGGUCCUGGGGCCAACAGGCCCAGAUGGGCCGUGAGGGCCAGAAGACCAGCUACUGGGUCCAGCCUCUCCUCAACAGCCACAUCUGGGGCAACACCCUGCGCCUGUACCAGACCUACGAAGACUUCAUGGCGUCCGCCAACCACAAGGACUUCGCCGUGGCUCCGUCCUACACUCACGCCAACGCCAUCGAGGGUCCCAGUGGCGUUCUGCACGGCGACGCGCUGUACUACCACUGCGCCCGCUCUGCCGACGUCUGCCGCUACGACCUGAGCAGCAACGCCGUCCACCGGGUGACGCUCCCCGGCGUCGGCGUGGGAUUCAAAAACAACUUCCCGUACUGCUACUACGACUGCCGAGCCAACAGCGACGUGGACGUGGAGGCGGACGAGUCGGGACUGUGGGUCCUGUACGCCACCGUCGGUAACCACGGUAAUCUGGUGGUGAGCCGGCUGGUUUGGGACGGCGAGGCCGAGACGCUCAACGUCACUCAGACGUGGGAGACCAGGCUGUUCAAGAAGGCGGUGAGCAACGCGUUCGUGGUGUGCGGCGUGCUCUACGCCACGCGGUACGUGGACGAGUUCCAGGAGGAGGUGUUCUAUGCCUUCGACACGGCGACGGGCAAAGAGGACAACGCGCUGGCUCUGCCGCUGGAGAAGGUGAAGAAGGGCGUGGCCAGCCUGAGCUACAACCCCACCAACAGGCAGAUCUACAUGUACAACGACGGGUACCUGCUGGCCUACCAGGCCCACUUCACCUGAUCGGACCGCUAGACGUUCUGAAAUACCAAAUGUACAAAGGGCCGAUCACUUCAUACACGGAAAAGUAGUGGUUCUUAAAUAUGGUUCUCUAAAGAACCCUGGUUUGAAAGGUCCAUUGUGGAACCAGAAAUGGUGUUUGAAAGAACCAUUUGUUGAAGGUUCUUUGAGGCACUUUUAUAGGUUCUUUGAAGAACUCUUUAAGGACAUGGGUCUCUAAAGAACCCUUUUUUGAAAGGUUCUCUGUGGAACCAGAAACGGUGCCUUAAAAACAUUUUUUUAAAGGUUCUUUGAGACACCUUUAUUGGUUCUUUGAAAAACUUGUUUAGGACAUGGUUCUUUAAAGAACCCUGGUUUGAAAGGUUCUUUGUGGAACCAGAAAUGGUUCUUCUAUGGCAUCACUCUGAAGAACCAUUUUCGGUUCCAGAUGGACCCUCCAUUGUUCUGUGUGUAUUGUUAGAAUGUGUGGGGUAUAUCACAAACUGUUGGAACACUUGUUUUUGUAAUGAAAUACAAAAUGUCAUGAAGCUGUAAAAUCUCAAAUAAAUACUAUAAUAAUU